CAGGUCGUAACGGUGCAGUGGAAGAUGAUGACGGUGGAGAACGGGAGGCUUGCCCUCGUCGCUGUCGUGUAUCUCAGCCUUUUCCUUGACAACGUGUUGCUCACUGUCGUCGUGCCGAUCAUACCCGAUUACCUUUGCACGCUGGAUGGGAAUUCGACGGGGAACGUGGGUGAGGACGACGAGAAUGGCCUGGGUUUGUUAUUGAGCUCAAAGGCGCUCGUCCAAUUAAUAUUGAAUCCGGCGGUGGGCACUUUUACCGGCACUCUGGGCUACACCAAGCCGUUGCUUCUCGGAAACCUCAGCCUCUUAUUGGCGGCAACGCUGUUCGCGUUCGGCCAAACUUACGAGCUGCUGUUCCUGGCACGAAGCGUCCAAGGCAUCUCGUCCGCUUGUAUCGGCGUUUCCGGCAUGUCGCUGGUCGCCUCCCAAUACCCGGAAGAGGACAAGAGGUCGAGGAUCAUGGGCUUCGUUCUUGGAAGCAUCGCGCUCGGCGUCCUCGUCGGAUAUCCGAUUGGCUCCGUUCUCUACGACCUCGAGGGGAAAAUGGCCCCUUUCCUCCUCGUCUCUUGCUUCAUCGUCCUCACCAUAUGUUUGCAGAUUUUCGCGUUGAACGUGGAAACGAGAAUCGAGUCGACCGAUCGAGAAAUCUCUUGGACGCACCUGUUAUCAGACCCGUACAUACUGAUCAUCUUUGGGGCGAUAUGGUGUUCAACGUCGCCAAUGGCCAUACUGGAGCCCUGCCUGCCGAUCUGGCUACGAACUCACAUAAAGCCCAAGAAAUGGCAGCUGGGCACGGUGUUCAUCCCGGACAGCGUAGGCUACCUGGUCGGGACCAAUUUCUUUGGAGUGAUAGCUUAUCGCUAUGGGCGAAGUAAAAUCGCCGUUCUGGCCAUGCUGUUGGUCGGGAUUAGCGCCAUUUUGAUACCAUCCUGCCGAACAAUGUCGCAACUGAUAGUCCCGCAUUUGGGGAUGGGUCUGGGUAUCGGCGUGGCGGACGCUGCACUCGUCCCGUUGUUGGCCAGCCUCGUCGACCAAAAUGGCAAUUACGGGCCCGUGUACUCGAUUCAACAAGUGGCCGUCAGCCUGGCCUACUCUCUUGGGCCCAUAGCGGGUGGAGAAAUGGCGAAGACGAUCGGUUUCCAAUGGGUUAUGCGAGUCAUCGGGUUAAUGAACGUUGGCUAUUGCCCUCUGCUGAUAUACCUAACGCUGGAGAGGAGGAAAUUAUUAACCCAGCGGGAUGAAAAGAGGGAUUACGAGACCUUCCAGAAAUCAGUGGCGAAAUACGAGCGGUUCCGGGAUUCUGACGACGAUCUCUGAUUAUUGCCAAGAUUGUAUCUUCUAUUUUAUAUAAUUCCACGAUAAUCCCCUCUUUGUUAAAUUAAUCGAAUUUUCGAAUCGAUACUCGGUGAGUGAAAUAAAUGGUUGGAAAUUUUUGUCGAUAAAUAAAUGUCGAACGA